GACAAUUGAAAGAAAGUCACACACCUACGCAAUUGAGCUACAAGCACAAAGCCUAGGAUACAAUGAUUGAUAGAAAGUGUUUCAGCGGAUUGAAUAGAUAUGUGUCACCUAAUUUCCAGUUGAAAUUAUAUUUGCAUACAAUGGAUAAUCGAAGUGUACCGAUCAUUUCACGACAUCAUUGAAGCCAGUAGCGAACAACUUUCACAAAACCGACUUCAAAAGAUAGCUGGAUAGAAUUAUUGCUUUGUGAAAGAAUUUCCAUUUAUUGGCAAUUUAUUGGUUUCAUAACAUAACCAUUGUGCGCAAGUACUUGUUUACAUCAGUCGACCGCAGAUAUCACGAAAUUGGCGGGAAACAGAGUCGAGAGUUUAGAUCAGCUGAUCUAAUAGUACGUGCUAGAAGAGAUAUGUUUCAACCGAAAUAACAAUAGAAUGACGAUAAUCGUGUGAAUUGUUUGUCAUACAAAGUCAUAUGUGAAAUCGGCACGACAAUCAUUGAAAUGGAUCCGAUCAGUCCAAAAAAAUUUUACGGCAGUAAGGUGAAGAAGCAAAAACCGGAAUCUAACAUUAAUUGGGUGAAAACAUAUCAGGUCAUGCCGUCACAUAUAUUGGGCCCGACGCAAUUUUGGCAGGAAUUUUACAAGCAGGCGGAUGCAUUGGCUGCAGCUGCCAAACAUAGCACUAAAACGGACACACUUUGUACUUUUGUGUAUCAACAGCCCAAGGACGGUAGUCGCAAAUUCGUCGUCGCACACCCAGAGGUGUAUUGGUGGUAUUAUAAAAUCAAACCACCAAAAGAGAGAUGUUCAUACGAGAUAAUACCAAAGGAUUCGCCAUGCUGGUUGUACCUGGACUUAGAAUAUCCAAUCGAACAAAAUCCACUUUGCAAUGGAUCACGCAUGACUGAGACACUGAUAGAUAUCUUACGUGCAUAUUUACUUAAUCAUUAUUACUUGUCAUGUAGUAGAAGUAACUUUUUAAUAUUGGAUUCCACGUCCAGUAAAAAAUUCAGCAGACAUGUAAUUUUUACUAUAAAGGAUAUGGCUUUUAAGGAUAACUUGCACGUUGGAAAAUUUAUCAAAACUAUAUACAAUGACAUCAUGCUGCAUUUAAAGUCAAAUCAAAUACAUGGAAUUUUAAGUCAUUUUAACAAAGUAGAUUUGGAAGAAAUGCUGGUGGAGACAAAUCGUGAAAAAAAGUUAUUUAUUGACACUGGUGUCUAUACAAAGAAUAGACAUUUUAGGAUAUAUCUGUCCACUAAAUGGGGAAAACAAUCAUUUUUAACAGUUUCUGCAGAUAACGUACAUAUUCCAGUGAAUAAAUGCAAAGAUAAGGAAUUAGGAAUUUUUUUAGAUUCCUUAAUAUCAUACUUCCCAAACAAACAAAAUUUAAUUCUACUCGAGUUUUCUAAUCGGAGCGACGUAAAAGUUCAACUAUACACAAAAAUACCACAAUCCAUUCGUCAGAAUGAUGAGCAAGCAUCACCAUAUCCUGAAAUAGACAACUAUAUUCGUAGUCUUGUUGAUCCUGGCAAGAUACGCGUCACUAAAUAUUCAGAAAAAACUAAAACGCUAAGAUAUGAAAUUUUUGGUAACAGAUACUGUGAAAACAUUGGUAGAUGCCAUAAAAGCAAUAACGUAUAUUGGAUUGUGGAUUUGAACAAGAAAGAAAUAUACCAGAAAUGUCACGAUGAAGAUUGCUCGGGUUUUUUAUCUACACCAAAGAGUUUACCAGAAGAAAUUAUUUUUAAGUUGGACACAGAAGGCGAUACUCUUAUAUCUUGCGCAGUAAUAGAUGAAAACUUUGUAUAGAAAAAGAUUUAAAAACUAUUGAAUGCUGUAAAUAUAAAUAUAAUUUGUAUAAAAAUAUUUAUAUACAAAU